AUGUUUUUGCUCCGAUCAUAUGUUCUAAUUGAGUCUUUCUCUUCAUCGAUUCUUAGCGUGGAAACUGGUGAUAGAGGCCAUCUACUUGUUGCACUCAAUCUUAACCACGUAACUCCCCCGGCUUGCUACGCGGCACUUUUCGACAAGCCCUUUGCUCAGCUAUUCCUAAGAGAACGACAUGAACACCCUGCUCAAACUCGAUCCGAGACUUUCAGUGGCGAAAAUAUGCCUUGUUUCUCCAUUGGUGCUCGCCAAUCGCCCCACAGCAGUCAUCUCCGUCGGAAGCUCGCCCUCUGGAUCAACGAGGCCAUUGAAUAUACACUCGUCAAGCUGACCCAUGUCUCACUCAUUGCCAAGCAAAGGAAGCCAAUUGAGCAGUGCUCAGGCCGUAUAGCUUGCACAGCUACACUUGCGCCACCAGGUGCUCUUGGUAUAUUCCAUCGACAAUUUCGCCAUGUGCUUUUUCCGCAUGACUACCAGACCGAUAAAGUCCAUAUAGGCCUUUUCAAUCCAGUCCUGGUAACAGCAGGCGUCUUCGUAGGUCGGUUGGCCAGGACAAACUGCCUACUUUCGAUAACAUACAACUUCGAGUUCGCAUACGACCCCAGUAUGUGUGCCAUAGUAACCGCCGUGAAAUAUAGUCGCACCGUCGUUGAGCUCUUUCUUGCCACCAUUCUGGUCAUUCAGACGUGCCUUGGCUGUAUACCUUGCAUACGAGCCUAUUGCCUUUAUCAAUCUGGAGGUGUAGAGGAGAUGACCUGGAUACAUCGUCUCUGUAUUCUUCAAAAGGUCGCGCUGCAGCUUGCCCACUGCCCAAAGGGCAGACGGCGCGCGCACUUAUUGUAUCUCAACCACGGUCUUCAAGCCCGCUAUCUCAUCUGCUUGGUUGACUCCCCCCUUGAGGCUCUCGAGCUCGCAUAUUCGUCACGCCCAAAGAUAAACAACCCUGUGUUCGUUGGGCUUCUCAUUCUCGCCGUCGCAACGGGGCUUACCACGCUCAUUGACCUUUUCCCCGAAAUUGCUUACACGCCCCCUUUCAGAGACACAAAAUAUGUCUCUCAGUGUUACCCGGUGGAAAUCAAACUAACUCUUCUGAAAAAGCUAGGCUCGCCGAUGUUGAAGCCGCUCGCCUGCCUUAAGCUCAGCGGGUCCGGCGGAUGGCAAGGCAUGAAUCUUGAAGACGGCGUUCCACACAAGCACCGAGGGAUCAAGGCGAUGAUUGAAGGGGGAGAAUACACACUUGGCAAGAGUUCACACAGCGCCGCCGAGAGAAGCCUUGACGUCCUCUCACGUCCCCACUAUUUCCAUCGCCCAAAGUCUCGUCAACCAAUGACGAUCAAGCUUUUUCCAACAUCAAUUCUUCCCCAGCUCAUCCACGCAACAGAAAAAAAAAAGCUGCUUUCCAUCAGCUACCGCCGCGUCCGACGUCCAGUCCUUCACUCGAACCUCAAGAAAUCUCGUCAGCGGGAAAAUCCACGUUCGUGUCUACCUUGCAUAUCGGUACCUCUUUUGGCGGAAUUUCCCUCAGAAGCUGGGUUGGAAGCGCCGUACCUCUCUACGCAGGACCCCCCUUCAACCACACCCGCCAUCAAUCCUCAUUCUCGCUCCAUCUCACAUACCCUCCACGGCCUCGCCAAAGACCAGAUGUUCAACCCCAUCACCUCACCUCCACUCUCCUCUCCUCCCCCAGUCCCCGCUCGUUUUCCCACGGCCCCCAAACUCGGGAACCUAAACCCUUCACCAUACUCACAAGACCCCCCACGCGGCACCUACAGGGCAUACAAGAACCUCACCCCAAAGACCCGCCUGGGCUUCGGCGUCGCGGUCCUGGCCUGGGGCGGCGCAGGCCUCUACUUCUCCGACCGGGCCGAGGAGAAGUACCAGCCCACGCCCGAGGAAAAGGCCGUGGUCGACAAGGCGUCCAUUACUCGAUUGGAUCUUGUUAUUGAGGACGGAAAACAUGGUGUCACCAUUGUCUAA